CCGUUUUUCUGUUGCAUUGCAUGCGCGUGAGCUCCGGUUUGUGGACGCCGCGCGCGUAGGGGUCAUGGCGUUGGAAUAGCUGCGCGUGGCCGAGAUCAGCGGGGGCAUGCGCACGUCGCGAACUCGUGGGGAUGGACGCGAGCGAUCCGCGGCGUGGGCCGGUUCCAUAGCUGGAUUUUUCCUUUCUUGCAUCUUCGUUUUGCUAUAAAUAAGGAGAAGAAAACAGAAAAGCUGCAGGAAGUUUUACGAAGCGCCAACUCUCGUGUGUCUCUGCUCAUUUUCAGAUUAUCUACAGUGUCGCGUGCGUUGUAUUCGUCCGGUGUUCGUUCUCGCCCGCUCGCUGAUUCGUUGGGAUUUCCUGACAAUUGGUAUCAGAGCAAGGUUUAGGGCUUGGACGCAUGAUCGUGCUCUUGAAGUUGCACUCAUGCCUCGCCGUCGCUCGUCGUCCCUGACGAAGCGCACUCUAGGAGGUUCCGGCAGCCACGCCUCGGGCAGCGGCGGGAACGACCGCGGGUUGGUGAUUCACCGCGUGGUCAAGGAGGCGGGAGGCGCGGCGAACUACCCCGUGCUCACGAAGACAAACUACAACGAGUGGUCUUUACUGAUGAAGAUCAAGCUGCAAGCUCGAUGCUUGACUGCUUGUGGGGCACCAUUGAUCCGGGAGGGGUCGCAGUGGAGCUCCAUGAAGAUCGAAUGGCGUUGGACGCCAUUUGCAGCGCCGUCCCCGUCGAGAUGAUCUCGACGCUAGCGACCAAGGAGACGACGAAGGCAGCGUGGAACUGCAUCAAGACCAUGCGCGUAGGCAAGCCGAGUGCACAGAAGCUGCGCUCCGAGUACGAGGCUCUCGCGUUCCGCGACGGGGUGUCGGUCGAGGACAUCGCCAUGCGGCUCAACACCAUCGUGACGCAGCUGUCCACGUUGGGCGACCCUGAGCCGGACGACAAGGUUGUCGAGAAGUACCUUUGUGUCGCUCGGCCUAGGUUCUCACAACUCGCUCUUUCCAUGAAACAUUGCUCGACAUCUCCACUUUGUCCCUGGAGGAGGUCACUGGACGCCUCAAGGCGGCUGAGGACUCUGGCCAGUCGUCGUCCUCGUCCUUACCAGGUGGCAGCGGCAAGCUCUAUCUCACCGAAGAAGAGUGGCUUGAACGUCACAAGAAAAAGGAACAGGAGGCGAAGAAGGGCAAUGGCGGAGGCAACACCCGUGGCAAGCGCCGCGGCGGGCAAGGGUGCAAUGGUAGUGGUGGUGGCGACAACGCUAGCCCGGUGCGCAAGAAGGACAAGUGCCGUAAUUGUGGCAAACUUGGCCACUGGGCCAAAUAUUGCAGGAGCAAACCAAAGCAGGAGCAAGCGCACGUGGCCCAGGAGGAGGAUGAGCCCACGCUCAUGCUCAUGACGGGCGGCUGCAUUGAUGUGGUGGAGGAGACGGGCGCGCCGUGCGCGACACCGUCGCCGCCCGCAUUGCGGCCUCGCCCAGACGUCAUCGAGUUUGUGGAGCAGAAGGUGAUCGCCGCGCUGGACGACGCCACCGACCACGACAACAAGCGCUAGAUCCUCGACACCGACGCGUCGAACCACAUGACCGGCUCAACACCAACGUCACCGGCAAUGUCCGACUCGGGGAUGGCUCGCUCGUCCACAUCGGAGGGCGCGGCACCAUCCUAUUCGCCUGCAAGAAUGGAUGCAAUUGGAAAGCAAAUAUGCAAUUGGAAAGGGAAAUAUGCAAUGUGAUACAAGUUACCUCAGUGGGGGGAGCGUCGCUCCCCCCAAGCUUGGCUUUCGCUCAGGGUCCUUGAUAAGGAUUGAACCCCUGAAAGCGAAAGUAUGCCUGAAGGUCAUCAUGCUGUUGCUGCAUUAUGUUGUUGAUGUUGGUAAACUGAGCAUUAGCAGAUUGUUGCCAUUCUUGCGUUUGAGCUAUGUGUUUUGCGAGGUCAUGCUGGAUCUCCCCCGUCUGCACAUCAAGGGUGUUCAUCCUCCUAGUGAUUUCACCCAAGUCCCAACGAGUGGAACUCAAGCGCCAUUCACAUGGGGAUGGAGGCAUACCACUUGAUAUAGGAGGUUGAUUGUCCCCAGUGGAUGUCAUGAGGCGCAUGCCACCGGUCCUCACUGGCGCUUGACCGGGUUGAGACCCCGAUGAUAUGGCGUGGAGCUUGGGUCCAUCCAGGUGCAUCCCCAGUUGGUGCCCAACCUGCCUCAUACAUCUAUACGGGUGUCGAGGAUGAUGAACUUCCUUGUUCGUUCCUUGUCAUGUUGCGCGUCUCCCUGUAUGUUCCACAUGCACGAGAUUCUUCUAUGGUCUGCAGGGGAAUGGUUAGUUCAUGGCAGUUGUACAAAUGAUACCCCGCAUUUGGCAACGAGAUUUCAUUUGUACAACCGGGGAAAAAGUAUAUCAAAGAUCCAUCUGCUCCAUGUUUCAAAAUAUGCCCUUGCACUAGAUAGGCCUCAUCAAUACGCGGAUGAGCGGCUGAGAUAAAAGCAAUUUGGUCGCUAACGACCCCUAGCCCUUUUGCUAUCCAAGUAAUCAGACAAGUGCACUCAACAGGAGCAGAGAACUUUAUACUUUCUAACCAUUGUCUUAUCAUACAUUACACAGGAGAAAUUUUGAUCUUUCUAAC